AUGGCUGGCACCUGGGCCCCGCUGGGACGGGCGCCUCCGCGGGCAGGCGUAAGAAAAAGCGUCGCGACGGCAGGUGGGGACGAGCACGCCGAGGGACCUCCGCGCCUGGACGGCAGAAGCGGACAUGGCGGCUCGGGAACACCCAGCAGCAAGUGGGAGGUGGCCCGUGUGGCGGAGGCAAACAGAUCACUGACUUGGGCAGCGGAUGGGGAGGAUAAACUCAGACACUGGAGCUCGGGGGAGACCAGGCCUGCAGUGAGAGCUGGAACCCCAGCGGGAAGUGCUGUGGUGGUGCCUUCUGGAAAGGAGCAGAGAUACACCUGUCAUGUGCAGCAUGAGGGUCUGCGUGAGCCCCUCACCCUGAGAUGGGAGCCAUCUUCCCAGUCCACCAUCCCCAUCGUGGGAAUCAUUGCUGGCCUGGUUCUGCUUGGAGCUGUGGUCACUGGAGCUGUGGUUGCUGCUGUGAUGUGGAGGAGGAAGAGCUCAGAUAGAAAAGGAGGGAACUACUCUCAGGCUGAAAGCAGUGACAGUGCCCAGGGC